CACUAGAGACAGCAGCGUCAGGAUGUGGAUCCCUGCUGAAGAACGCGCUCCAGCUCUGGGUGACCGACACCUCCAACGAUUAGAGGACACGGACACACCGGGAGAAACAUCACAGCUGAGUCCCGCGGAGCCCCGACCCGCUCCGAGUGGCAGUUCAUCCAGUUCUGUAAGACGCUGUACAGCAUGUUUCAGGGCGAUCCGGGCGAGGCCGAGCUCUUCCAGGCCAUCGGGAUGGUCACCAGCCUCGCGACAGAGCGGUCAGAGCCGGAGCGAGGAGCAGUGGUCAGUCAGCUUCGAGCAGGUCCUGGCCUCCUUACUGACCGAGCAGGUGCUGGUCAGCUUCCUGGAGCGACCCGAGGAGCCCAGCGCCAGGAUCAGCGCCGCCAGGCCCCGGCAGCACCAGGAGCGCUUGACCAGGACCAGAGACCCACGCCUGUACAGUCCCAUGAUGCCGCCCCCCCUCAGCUGAGUUUAUAUCAGUAUCUCAACACAUUACUCUCACUCUGCAGCACACUUUACUGUGCAGAUCCAGUCAAUACCACACAAGUUCAGUCUGACAGGAUCGAACGGUUUACAUGUCACUGUGACCGUAUCAACACGACUCACAUGAAGGAAAUAUUAAUAUUAUUAUAACUGAUCCAGCAGCUGAAUGAUUCUGAAUUAUGAACACAUCAAUCUGAUUCUAAUCAAAUGCUGCAGGGUUUCAGACAUUUUAUAAUAUUUGUGCUGCAACAAAUGUUCUUUUUUUUUCUUGUUAUAAAUAUCUCUAUAUCCUUAAAUCAAGAUGC